UUUGCACUUGCUAGUGUUAAAAGUCUACAGGUUCUAAGCAUUGUUUUGCAUCUGUGUGACAGAGAUUCCUGUUGAUCUGUUCCAAGAAGUGAAUUGGUUGUUUGUUCAAGUGUGCCUUCUCACAUCUGCAUAAGAUGCACUUCCUUUAAACCUACAAUAACUUUGGGAGUACCAGGAGAAGAAUAGCUUUGGGUUUAAUUUGAGUGGUCUUGUGCCAAGAUUUCCUGGAAGAACAUUUAAUGUCAUCGGAAAUGCCUUAAUUUGUCCAACUGGCAAUGAGAAAGAAUGCUAUGGGGCAAUUCCUAUACCUAUGUCCUUCAACAUAAAUAAUGAUUCUCCCGGUGAUCAAACUAUACAAAAAUCGAAAAGACAUACAAUAAUUUGCCCAGUAGCUUACGGUCUCGCGUGCAUCUGUUUCAUUAGCCUUGCACUUGGUCUACUUAUUUGGUGUCAUAAAAGGCGUAGCCAACAAGUAUUCUUCGAUGCAAAUGAUCAACACAAAGUAAUCUACCUUGGCAAUUUGAAAAGGUUUCAGUUCAGGGAGCUUCAAAUAGCAACAAAUGGUUUUAGCAGCAAAAACUCACUUUGCAAAGGUGGCUUUGGAAAUGUCUACAAAGGGAAGCUACAAGGCAGAACCUUAGUCGCUGUUAAAAGACUCGAUGAUGGUAAUGCGGCAGGCAGAGAGAUACAAUUUAAAGCUGAAGUGGAAAUGAUCAGCCUAGCAAUUCACAGACACAUCCUUAGGCUUUGUGGAUUCUGCAUGACUACUACUGAAAAGCUACUAGUUUAUCCUUACAUGUCAAAUGGAAGUGUUGCUUCUCGGCUCAAAGUAAGGCCAGCUCUAGACUGGAGUACCAGGAGAAGAAUAGAUUACUAAGGCAAAGAUUGAUGCAGAAGUAAGGGAG